AUGAAAUAAUUUUAAUAAUAUACAAAUUGGAUUAUAUGUCUAGAUCCUGAUAGUCGUUAAAUUUAUUCAACAAAUGGAGAUAUCAUCAUCAUAGAAACCCAUGUGGAUCCUUAGUACAAACAGAAAUGUGAAAAUGCUCUAUAGGAUAUGUGUUACAUUCUGUAUAAUCAUGAGAAUGUUGCACAUUGGUUAUAAGAUUCAAGUGAAGUAGAAUAAUAUAGAAGAAGAAACAUUCCUUCAUAUCUUUUACACCCUAAACAACAACAAUAUAGAAGAUAUUUGUUAGAAUCAAAUAUGGGAUUCUCAUUUAGUAACAUUUACACUAUUAAAUUUAACAUCAUUUGUUAAUGUUAGAAUGAUCUAUUGAAUGGAAAACAGACUAAAAUAGAAUUCAAUUUAAUGACAAGUGCAGAUGAAGCUAUUUAAAUGAUAUUAAAAUAACUUCAAUAUUAAAUGUCAAAUUUACAUUAGUAUAUUUUACAAGUGGAUGGAUAUUAGGAAUACAUUUAUGGAGAAUAACCUUUAUUAUAAUUUACAAGAAUUCGAAACAUAAUAAGAGAUAGUCAAGUAUUAAAUACUAUAUUAAUUGAUUACUUGCCUUCCAAUAAUUUUGAUUAUCCUCCUAUUUAUAAAAGACCCAAAGAUAAUUAUGAUUUGAUUGAGGAUUGGAAAAACUAUUUAGAAGUUCCUGUAUUUAUAUGGUAUCCUAAAUAAAAGAUAGUCAAUUAACAGAUCAGUAUCUUAAAACAAGUAAUAUAGACUUAUAUCAUAGAAUAGAAUUGUAAAUGAUUUAGACUUCAUUUAUUCUGGAUAAUGUGAUUUCUUUUUCAGUUUUAAAAUAAUUAAAAUAGAUUAACUUAAGAAUCUAUUUGAAUCUGACUUUGAUAGAUUAGGUAAAAAGAGAUCAACCUAUAAUGGAACAACUAAAUUAAAUAAUAUUACCAAAAAUUAACCUUCUAAAAUCAAUAAAAAUAAAGAUAUUCUUAUGUUUCAUAGAAAAGAAACAUAAUAAGAUGAACCAUAUAUCCCUAUUAGAUAUGUGUCUUUUGGAGGAGUUGAAAAUAGAAAUUAUAUUAAGUAAAUGUAAACACUUUUUAAUCUUAAUUUUGAACCAUAUUUAAUAUCAAUUGAAGCAUCCAUAUAUUAUGGUGAUAAAUUAUUAACUAAUUCAUCUAUUAUUGAAUCAUAACUAAUCCCAUUUUCAUUUACACCUACCUUUAAUGCAUCCAUUAAAUUUAGUCAAAUCAAAUACUCUAUGUUACCAUUAGAAGUUAAAUUAUGUUUUAGAGUCUUAAUUUAUUCUUUUAAUGGAGAAUCCUAAAUUUUAGGAAGUACUAGUAUGUACUUGUUUGAUCAAAAUUCAAAGUUUAAAUAAGGAUUAUAAACUCUUAAUUUAUGGCCAUUUUAUGAUAUUAAUCCAAAAAUUGGAUGUUUUUAAGAUUUUAAAGGAGAAAUCAAUCUAGAUAAUAAUUAUAAAAGAUGCAGACCUAAAUGUUACAGCUAUUUAUCUAUUAAAAUGGAUUGUUUUAGUUCUUAAAUGAAAUGGUCAUUAAGAGAUUAAAAAUUUUAAUAAUUUCAUCAAGGAAGUUUAAAGGAUUGUUUAAAUGUUAAACAUUAUGCAGAUUUGGUAAGAUCAGAUCCAGAAUUACAAAAAUAGAUUGAAACUAAAAAGAAUUAUCAUUAUGUAAAAGAUCAUAGAAUACAACUUGAUCUAGAUAAAACUACAGGGUCCAUUAUAUCAUAAAAUAAAAGGAAGGGAAUAAGCAUCCUAUAAAAUAUAGAUAGCUAAAGAUCAAGUAAUUUCUCAUAAUUAGCUAGAAAUUCAUUAAAUAACUUCUUACAAUAUUUUAUAUCAAAUAGAAUGACUGCUAAUUAUUAUAAAGAAAAUAGUGAUAGAUUUGGUCUUGCUUAUCCAUACAAAGAUAUUGAUCAAACUCCAAAAACUGAAGAUCUUGCCUAUUUAUAAACACUAUUAUCAGCUACUUCAUUAGAUAGAGUACAUUAUACUUAAUUGGAUAAAUUUUUAUUAAUGAUAUGUAGACAUCAUUAUAAAACAUUACCUUAUGCAUUAUAAUUAUUUCUAAAGGCUGUAAAUUGGGCUGAUCCUAAAUAAGUAAGAGAAGCCCAUUAAAUGAUAAAAGAAUGGAUUCCUUUACCACCAUAAAUUGCAUUAAUUUUAAUGGAUUCCCAUUUUCCAGAUGAAAUAGUACGUUUGUAUGCUGUCGAUAGAAUAAGUCUCUUAUCUGAUGAUGAGUUGAGUUUAUACUUAUUACAAUUAAGUUAAGCAUUGUAAUUUGAGAAAAAUAUAUAUAAUCCUUUAGGAGAAUUAUUAUUAGAGAGAGCUUCAGCAAAUCCUUUUCAAAUAGGAUAAGAAUUAUUCUGGCUAUUAAAAUCAUAAUUGAAUUUGAAACCUUCAUUUCUGAGAUAUUUUAUAUGGCUAGAAUAAUUGAUAAUGAUAUGUGGAUAAUUUAGAGAGACAAUUGUUAAAGAAGUAAGAUUAAAUAAUCUUUUAAUUGAAUCAUCUCUAAAGAUUAAGAGUAAAUAAGUAGGGACUGAGAUGUAAUAGAAAACAGAUGCAUUAAAGAAAGAAUUAUAAAUUAUAACUUAGAAUGUAGUAUAACCUUUUACAUUUCCAAUUGAUGCACGUAUGUAAAUUGCUAGUUUUGAGAUUGAUUAAUGCAAGGUAUUGAAUUCAAAGAAAUUACCAUUGAAAUUGUAUUUGAAAUCUUAUCAAAAAUCAAUUAAUUAAUAAAUUAAUCAACUUUAGGUGAUUUUUAAGAAUGGAGAUGAUUUAAAAUAAGAUAUGUUGACUUUGUAGAUUAUAAAGAUUAUUGAUACAAUAUGGUUGGAUUCAGGUUUAGAUUUUAAGAUGAAACCAUAUAAAGUGAUUGCUACUGAUGAUUAAGUUGGAAUGAUUGAAGUAGUAUUGGAUUCAUUGAAUAUUUCAGAAAUUCAUGAUAAUAUUGGUGCAUUUGGAGCAUUUGAUGAAAAAGCACUUAUCAAUUAUUUGCAUCAAUAGAAUCAGAAUCCUGAAGAUUUUAAUAGAUCCAAAGAUAUAUUCCUUAGAUCUUGUGCUGGAUAUUGUGUUGCCACUUAUGUUUUAGGAAUUGGUGAUAGACAUAGUGGUAAUAUAAUGAUCAAAUCAAGUGGUCAUAUAUUUCAUAUUGAUUUUGGACAUUUCUUAGGCAAUUUCAAAAUCAAAUUUGGAAUAAAUAGAGGUAAAAGUUAAUAACAUUAUAGAAAGAGCGAAAUUUGUUUUAACUCCAGAAAUGUUAACAGUGAUGGGUGGUUAAGAUAGUGAAACAUUUAGAUAAUUUGAAAAGCAUUGUUUGGAUGCAUAUAAUUUAAUUAGAAAACAUGGAAGAUGGUUAGUAGAUUUAUUUUUGAUGAAUUUAACUGCUGGAAUACCUGAAUUAUAGAAUGCAGAAGAUGUGAGAUACUUAUAAGAUAGAUUGGCUUUGAAUCUAUCAGAAUAAGAAGCAAUAAUGAAAUUUAGAUAAGAAAUAAUUACAUCAAUUAAUGAUAAAUGGAGAAGAGUUGACAACUUUUUUCAUACUCUUAAAAGAAAAGGAUGA